CAGACGUUAAAAUAUGCUGUGUUUGUUAUUAAUCCAGUUAUUAAUACUGCCGGUGGAUGAUGCUAAGCGAAGCUUUGAAUAUGAUCAUAGUUGGAAACUGUUUAAUUACGAUAUUGAUGGAGUAAAAUACAUGAACGACUCGGAUUACGAAUACAAAGAAGGGACGUUUCAUUUUCAGGACGUGGCCUUAGAGGAGCAUGAAAAGUUUCUAAUAAGACAAAACUUGAUUCCCUAUGAUUUUAUUUAUGAUGUUCCUCAAACAACAAUAAGCAUCCCUAGAACUCGACCUGGAAUACCAUUUACUGUCAACUUUAUUGAUAACUUUCUUCAUGAAAAAGAGCCAAUGCUAAGACCAUUUCCUAAUUCAAAGGAAGGUAAAGAAUUUACAUCGGUUUUUAACAUGUUUGAAGAUGGUUGUGAUAGGCUUUGGUUUGUUGAUACAGGAUAUCUCGAUAUCCCAGGUGUACGAAAGCAAGUACAACCAGCAUCAUUGCUACUUUACAAUAGUCUUCCAAAACCAAAUUUUCAGUUCAGGAAAGAUAUCAACAGUGCUUUACUCCAUAACGGUAUCACUAGUGGACUCCGAUCUCUAUCGGUUGAUUUUAUAUUCCCGUGCGCCGAGUCAUACGUAUACAUUACUGACGACACUACCCGCGACCUCAUUGUCUUCUCGCUUCAGGACAUGCGUUUUACGAAAAUCAGCCGCGCAAGUAAUACGGCUGAUUCUUGGAAAUUUAUUGUGCCACAGUUUGAAACACAAUACAGGCUAGAAGUUGAAAAAUAUAGAAAAAGGCCAAAUGAAACAUACGAACACUAUGUGGAUUUUUUAAAUUCUACAAAUCAACUGUAUGAUCCAAGCAGUGAUUCAAGACCUCGUGAUACAUUUAAAAACACCUACUACCCAAAUUAUGAAGGGAUGAUCUAUACGAGAACUUAUGAAGGUAAUAUUUUGUUAUUCACGGAUGGGAAUCGGAACAAGCUUUACUGUUGGAAUAUGGAUACACCAUAUGAAGAAGAAAAUGUUGAUUUGCUCACGACAAUCGAUGAGACUAAAUAUAGAUUUUCAGCUUUAGAUGCGUCGGGUAGCGUUUUGCACGGACUAAUACAAAGAACUUUAAAUAAUACGUCGUCAAAGUUCAAUGAAGACGAAAACAAUUUUUGGCUUUUCUCAAAGAUCAUUAAGGAGCUGCUGGAGGGAUCAAAAUGCUCAGAGAGCAACCAGUGCACGGAUUACCUGACGCGGAGAACGGAGAGUCAAUCAUUAUUAUUUAUCAAAAAAAUAUCACCGAAAUACGUAACCGAUACCGUCGUUAGAAAGUUUGAAAAAAUAUGGAAUGUCACGGGCAUCAUGAAUUAGGACACUCUACAUAGAGACUCGAAACGAGACCUUCAAAAACACAACGGCAUUUUGGAAUUUGUAGUAGUAAUAAAUAAACUAAUAGAACAA